UGACUUACGCUGUCACACGGCAGGGGGCGAUGGUAAUCCUAGUACUGUCACCGACUUCCGUCAAAGAAGAAGAAAAAAAGGGUGACACCAGCGGUAGUAGUAGCUAAAGUUAGCAUCAGAUGUUCGGUAAAAAAAAUAGGUUAUACGUUUGUCAUUCUGAUGUUGAAGUGCUUACAUGUAUGAACAUUAACACCGUUGGUUAACCACACAGCUGCUAACAGGCGAGGAAACGUGUGUCAGAUGAUAUGAGCAGCACUGCUCAGAGGAAGAGGAGGACCACAGGAAGUCCUCUGGUUUCAAGAUGCAGCACCAAGACCAGCAGAAGGGCCAAUGUUAGGAGGAUGGCUAGCAGGAUGGCUAACGGCAGUGGGUCAUCAGAUGGUGACCCUGCUCCCUCCACAGAGACCAUCAGCGUGAUGGACAACACUGACAGUGUGGAGGAGGUGGUGGAUCUGACCUGUGAAGGAUCAGAGGCUCCUGUGGUCGACCUUACCAGCAACGACUCGAUACUGCUGGUGGAUGAAGGUCCUCAAAGCACAAGAGUUCCCCAAGGUGAGAGUUAUGUCGUCAGCAGCGAUGAAGAUGAAGACUUGGCCCCUGUCUUCAACUUUGACAUGGUGUCAUCUGUACACACAUCCAGGUUGACUCCUGGAACAAUCAGCUGUCCUGUUUGUCUGGACUCAUACUCUGAGAUCAUUGAGAGCAGACGAUUGGUUGUUUCUACUAAAUGUGGUCACGUGUUCUGCAGUCAGUGUCUAAGAGAUGCUCUGACAUCAUCACACACCUGUCCUACCUGCAGGAAGAGACUGACCCACCGCCAGUACCACCCCCUCUACAUCUGACAUCACUAUACACCUGAGUUGCUGCUGGACAUCAUCAGUGACGUCAUCAGAUGUUUUUUGCUGCUGGAUUUUAUUUGGGGAAAUGCAAAACCUUCAGUUACAGCCGAUUGAUUUUUGAUUGAUAAUUGAUGUUAAGUUUCUGAUGUCAUCAGUUUUCAGAUAUGUCUGUUUGUUUUCUAAUGUCAUUUAUGUGGAAAAGUAUAAAUAAAUUCUAUUGAUUUGAGUGAAACAUU